AUGUACCAGCAAUCACGAACCCCCUACAAUCGUCAGCAAUACUACAGCCGACCUACAGGUCAGUCGACGUCGACGUCGACUGAAAUCCACGACUCUUUCGCUACACUCCCUUUCGAUCAAUACCAGCCUUACAACCUCCCAAAUAUCCUUCAGCAACCCUUCUCAAGACCACUAGACCUUCCCUUAGACUUUGUCGACGUGCCAGAUCAAUCGACUGAUGAGGUAGUCUAUCUGGGCCGCGAUACCAUCAUCCAAGAGAUCAACGACCGAUCCUCAGUGCAAAUUCCUUCAUUUUCGUCGGGCCAAGGGGGAUACAACAACCCCUUCGAUACACAGCCUCUGGCAUCAAGUUUGCAGUUACUAGAGCCCUCUGCAAAGAAAGGUGCAUCCCGAAAGGUCAUUGUUGCCGCCAAACAGGCCCGUAAAGGCAACAAGGGUCGAUCUCUUCGACACGACGAAGGAAUCGACCCUUCGACCGCUCUAGAGGCCUCGCAGUCUAUCGUACAGUCUCACCUGAGGGCUAAGGGUACAAAGAAGGUCUAUCAAGGCUACAUGAAGAGGUGUAGAACAUGGCUGGACCUCUUUAACAAAACACGACAACCUGGCGACCCAAAUCUCGAAGGAGCGCUAGACGUCUUGAGCGAACGUUCUGCCCGAUGUGUUCACCUGUUCAUCGCUCACGGGGUCUCAGGCAAGAAUGGUACGAAGCCACACAGCAAAGACACAUGCGAUGGCAUCAAGGCCGCGUUGCGAGCAUACUUUCAAGAGACGUUCGGCAAUCAGUGCUACGGCGAAUUCUGGCACCAGCGAGAGAACGGAACGUGGCAUGGGAACCCUGUGUACGCUGAACCGGGUGUCACGAACCUAGUAACACCCGACGACAAGGUAUCACGAAACACGAUUCGACAUCGGAUCCGUCUACAACCAGCCUUUGACACGUCAUGGAGGUUAUCACGCGCGACGAAUCACGAAACACGAAUCGACAAGCGCGCGCGCGCUUCAGCAUCCGUCAUCUCGUUCAUCCCGACACUUGACACGUCAUGCGAUUCACAAAUCGACCUUGUCAAGUUAUUCGAGGUAACCGACCUCACCGGAGGUGACAGGUACAAGGACGAAAUCAAGAACGAUACGUUGGGGAAACCGACAUCGAAGGAACGGACGUCUGCCUACACAAAAGACGAAACGACCUUAGACAGGGACGGGAAGUAA